AUGUCUGAGGCCACAUGCUGCUAUUACGUACAUAAACAAGUCUUCCCUGUGAAACCUGAGAAUGUGGUGGAUGCUAGGAAGGAUUUGAAUGAAUGGGUCAUAUCUUUGGCUUUCCCAUUUGGUGAUAGAUUGAGGAUAUGGACUGCUUCUGUUGGCAUCUUUGCCUUCUUGCCAACAACAAUGGUGACCAACUUUCCCUUUGUACUGCAGGCAGACUUCAUUCUUGCAUCUUCGAGAGAAGCAAUACUCUUGGAUAACAAAUGGAAUUUGGGAAUCCUUGAGCAUGUCUCUCAAACAGGCAAACUUUUCCCCAUUACCCGUGUGCUUGAAUUCUUGCCUGUACAAUGGUCUCCUCUGCAACGGCUUAAUGGAGUGAGAGAUUCCAUUAGAAUCAUGGUCAAGUGGAAAUGCAUUGUUCCGUGUGAGAAAUUCUUGACUGGGGAAAUGGUUUUCUCUAAGCCAACUGAUGUAGUUAGGAUUUUACCACAAUUCCGGAAAAUCCAGUCCCACAUUAAGCAACUCGGUGAUAUUUCUUCCCAAGGAAAGUUUGUGUUGCAUAAUACAUUGGAUGACAAAAAAUAUAAUGGAAUUUUGAAUAUUCUUGGAGUGCCAUCUGUGAAUGAUAGUUGCGACUGGUGUGGAAAAUACAUCCAAACAUGCAACCUCAUGUUUCGUGCUUCUACAAAGGUGUCAGUGGAGCUUCUUUUCUUUCUUGUAGAUAAUUGGAAGUAUUUCCCCCUAAGACUGAACAAAAUACCUCUUCUCAAGUACAUUGCUUGGAAGGGGCAGGUUUUACCAUGUAAUGUGUUACAAAUGAAACGGGAACCAUUGAAGGUUCAUCUUGUUUGGCAGGCUCCACAACAUUCCUGGCUAAACAAAUGGAACGUAGAAAUGAGGUGCCCAAUAAUAUGUUUUUCUUCCCAGAUGCCACAGUAUCUACUAUUCUUCAACAUGAGAAGAAAGAAACCUUUGACAAAUUGGCUGAAAUCUAAGGUAGGUGUGGUGGUCACUGAUGUUUCUAUGUACUGUUAUGGACUUGGGAAUUUUCUAAGUAAAAGGAAGAACCCAAAGCUAGCAGUUUCAUUGGCUCAUCUUGUUUAUCAUUCUGUGUUGAAGAACUAUAUUGGAACAAAUUAUGAUUCUGGUAUUUACAGUCUAUGCCAGUGGUUGAUGCUUGUGGGAAUGUCGUUCAAAGAUGAGCUGAUGUUCAUUGGUGUACAGAUUGGGACAGAGAAUAUGAACCAACUCAUAAUUGAUCACCUCAAACCUCUUGUUUCCUCUGAAAUGAGUGGACACUUGGGAUUUUCAAUGCUAAGUUUUAUCAGGUAUUCAAAUGACAACAACAAGCUUGAUGUGGACUUGCUGAAAACCCUGCAAGUGGGGAAAUGGUUGAAGAAAAACCAAGGUUAUGUUACUCCUCGUGGAGCUGUUUAUUUGGCAUCUGAUAUUGGAGAAGCUAUUCUACAGAUAACUGAUCUGUGGGUUAUUGAUAAAACAUAUUAUGGGAGCCAACUAAGUGGUUUUGUGCAUGAGCUCAAGUUGAUAGGCAUCAUUGUGCAUCCGGAAGAUGUGUAUAAACUAAUUCCUGAACAUUUCAAGUUUCCUAAAGAUCUCUCGAAGUUGACCAAGGAUGUUGUUUUUCUAUUACUUGAAUGCAUUUGGCAUUUAGGGCCUGCCGUUGUUGAUUUGACCAAGAAAAUUACGUACCAACCUUGGAUGAAAACUAGUUUUGAUUUCAGAUGCCCCUCGGAAUGCCUUCUGCCCGAUGAAAACUGGGGUUACUUGGUUGAUGUUGUUCCAUUACCCAUCAUUGAUGAAGUCUACUAUGGAAGCAAGGUUCAGUCAUACAAGGCAGAACUGGAGGCAAUUGGGGUGGCUGUAAACCCUGACCAAGUGUGUAAUAUGAUUAUUACUAAAGUCAAGUUGCUCUUAUCUUCAAGUGGUUUAACUGGUGCCAUUGGGGGAAAAUGGUUGAAAACUUGUCACGGCUAUAGAUUUGCUUCUGGUUCUAUUUUAUUUGAUCCAAAAUGGGGAACAUUUUCACAGUUCGUUGAUGUUCCUCUAAUUGAUGAUGCCUGCUAUGGUAAUAAAAUCUUUUCAUUCAAGGAUGAACUGAAAAUGAUGGGUGUCAUGGUCAAUUUCAACGAAGUAGCACAUUUUGUUGCAAGAGGUUUAAAGUUGCCUCAGGAGCCAGUAUCAGUUACAGCAGACUGUACUUCGUCAUUGCUGCAUUGUGCCAAGUCUCUACGACAUAGUACCAAGUUGUCUGACCAAUCUUUGCUUGAACAUUUGCUCAACAAACUAAAAUGA